AUGUCUUCUUCUCCUUCUUCUUCUCCCUUUGAUCUCAUGUCCGCAAUCAUCAAAGGAGAACCGGUCGUCGUCUCCGACCCAGCCAACGCCUCCGCUUACGAAUCCGUCGCCGCCGAAUUGAGCUCAAUGCUAAUCGAGAAUCGUCAAUUCGCCGUUAUUAUCACCACCUCCAUUGCUGUUCUCAUCGGCUGCAUCUUCGCGCUGAUCUGGAGAAGAUCCGGGAGCUCCUCAAAACAUGUGGAGCCGCUUAAGCCGUUGGUGAUUAAGACGAGUAGUGGUGAAGAUGAGGUUGAUGAUGGGAGGAAGAAAGUUACAAUCUUUUUUGGAACGCAGACUGGAACUGCUGAAGGGUUUGCUAAAGAUGAUUACGCGGCUGAUGAUGAUGAGUAUGAGGAGAAGUUGAAGAAAGAGGAUGUGGCUUUCUUCUUCUUAGCCACGUAUGGAGACGGUGAGCCAACAGAUAAUGCAGCGAGAUUCUACAAAUGGUUCACGGAGGGAGAUGACAGAGGGGAAUGGCUUAAGAACUUGAAGUAUGGAGUUUUUGGAUUAGGAAACAGACAAUAUGAACAUUUUAAUAAGGUUUUUAAAAUUGAAUCCUUUUUUGUCUGUACAGGUGCGCAGCGUCUUGUACAUGUUGGUCUUGGAGAUGAUGACCAGUGUAUUGAAGAUGACUUUACCGCAUGGUACUUCAUCUAUACAUUUGAUGCUUUGUACAUCUGUUUUUUUUUUUUUUUUUUGCUGAGCUCAGUUUUGCUAUUCUCUUGCAGGCGAGAAGCAUUGUGGCCUGAGUUAGAUACAUUGCUGAGAGAAGAAGGUGAUACAGCUGUUACACCAUACACUGCAGCUGUGUUAGAAUACAGAGUUUCUAUCCACAGCUCGGAAGACGCGUUGAAUCAGAAGAACUUGGCCAACGGGAAUGGUCAUGCUGCUGUCUUUGAUGCUCAGCAUCCUUACAGGGCAAAUGUUGCUGUGAGAAGGGAGCUUCAUACUCCAGAGUCUGACCGUUCUUGUACCCAUCUUGAGUUUGAUAUUGCCGGAAGUGGACUAACGUAUGAAACUGGAGAUCAUGUUGGUGUAUUGAGUGAUAAUCUAAAUGAAACUGUAGAGGAAGCGCUUAGGUUACUGGAUAUGCCACCUGAUACUUUUUUCUCACUUCACUCUGAUAAAGAAGAUGGCACACCAAUCAGCAGCUCGCUUCCUCCUACAUUCCCACCUUGCAACUUGAAAACAGCUCUUACACGAUAUGCUUGUCUUUUGAGUUCUCCUAAGAAGGAUGAAUAUUCAAAAUGGGUAGUAGAGAGUCAAAGAAGUCUACUCGAGGUGAUGGCAGAGUUUCCUUCAGCCAAGCCGCCUCUUGGUGUCUUCUUUGCUGCAGUCGCUCCUAGGUUGCAGCCUAGGUUCUACUCAAUUUCAUCAUCUCCCAAGAUUGCUGAAACUAGAAUCCAUGUCACAUGUGCACUUGUCUAUGAAAAAAUGCCAACAGGAAGGAUCCAUAAGGGAGUGUGUUCUACUUGGAUGAAGAGUGCUGUGCCUUAUGAGAAGAGUGAAAACUGUUGUUCAGCACCAAUAUUUGUUAGACAAUCCAACUUCAAGCUUCCUUCUGAUUCCAAGGUACCGAUUAUAAUGAUCGGUCCAGGGACUGGAUUGGCUCCUUUCAGAGGUUUCCUUCAAGAAAGACUUUCGUUGGUUGAAUCAGGUGUUGAACUUGGACCAUCAGUUUUGUUCUUUGGAUGCAGAAACCGUAGAAUGGACUUCAUCUACGAGGAAGAGCUGCAGAGGUUUCUAGAGAGUGGUGCACUCUCAGAGCUAAGCGUGGCCUUCUCUCGUGAAGGACCAACCAAAGAAUAUGUACAGCACAAGAUGAUGGACAAGGCUUCUGAUAUCUGGAACAUGAUCUCUCAAGGAGCUUAUGUAUAUGUUUGUGGUGACGCCAAAGGCAUGGCAAGAGACGUUCACAGGUCUCUCCACACAAUAGCUCAAGAACAGGGAUCAAUGGAUUCUACAAAAGCAGAGAGCUUUGUGAAGAAUCUGCAAAUGAGUGGAAGGUAUCUAAGAGAUGUAUGGUAACGAAGUUGUUGAAGCCUCCAUACAAACUCACUGUGUACUUUAUUAUUAUAAAAUAUACGGCACAGAAAUGCCAUAUUAUGAUGAUCAUGAAGUUUGUGAUCGUUAGAGGAUAUGAGUGAACCUCCUUUUUUCCAAUUCUUUAUUUAGUUUUGUUUAUUUUUUAUUUAACUCUUGUUAUAUAGCCACCAGAUAAAAAAAUUGCAUAAGAUUUGAUGUGGGUAUUUGUGAAACGACCAUGUUAUAUACAAAAAGUAUGUACCCUUUGGUAUGAAUAUUUAUUUAUGUAGCAGCAACAUUUUGGGACAAAUACCAUCUCUAUGUUCUUAUAGAUUGCUCAAUAA